AAUCAGAAAAGGUAAUAUUCCGACAAGGCGACUAAUUUGAACCAAUGAGCUGUCGUCGUGUCUCUCUCGAGUAGAGAGGGAAGGAAGGGAGGAGAAAGACAAAGCCAAUUUGCAAAAAAGCGUUUGGUCUUUUUUCUCUAUCUCCCAUUUUUCGAAUUUUAGGUUGUGAUUCUCGUUCCUCGUCCUUUUUCUCUCUUCCCUGCAUAUCCUUUCCCUUCCCUCUUCAAAGCAGGUUCUUUCUUCUGUUGAUCAAAAACAAUCCGAUAACAACACCCGGGGACGGAGCUUUGAUCCCGAUUUGACGUUGUUUCCAUAGAAAUUAGAAAAAAAGAGAGAAGCUUGGAUCGAAUUAAAAAAAAAAAGAAAUGGUGUCGGACAAUGAGAUGGGUUUGGUAUUAGCUGUGGCGUCGAGCGUAUUCAUAGGUUCCAGUUUCAUUUUGAAAAAGAAAGGUCUCAAACGUGCUGCUGCUAAUGGCACCCGAGCUGGGAUUGGAGGUUAUACCUAUUUGUUAGAGCCACUCUGGUGGGUUGGCUUGGUCACAAUGACUUUUGGAGAAAUUGCAAACUUUGUAGCCUACGUUUAUGCCCCCGCUGUACUAGUUACUCCUCUCGGUGCUUUAAGUAUAAUCAUCAGUGCUGUUUUGGCACACUUCCUGUUAAACGAGAAACUUAAGAAAAUGGGAGUUUGGGGCUGUGUUUGCUGCAUCGUGGGCUCGGUUAUGAUCGUAAUACACGCACCUCAGGAGCAGACUCCUAACUCUGUUCAAGCGAUCUGGACACUAGCUAUGCAACCAGCUUUUCUAAUUUACGUAGCCACGUCAAUGUCCAUUGUCCUGGCUUUGAUUCUCUACUGCGAACCUCUCUGCGGCCAAACCAACGUUCUUGUUUAUAUCGGAAUCUGUUCAUUGAUGGGUUCUCUCACAGUUAUGAGCAUAAAGGCUGUAGGGAUCGCAGUAAAGUUAACACUUGAGGGAGUAAACCAGGUUUGGUAUCCAGAGACUUGGUUCUUUCUCAUGGUUGCAGCUAUAUGUGUCGUUACGCAAAUGAUAUACCUGAACAAGGCGCUGGACACAUUCAACGCAGCAAUAGUUUCUCCAAUCUAUUAUGUGAUGUUCACAACCCUCACAAUUGUUGCUAGUGCGAUUAUGUUUAAGGACUGGUAUGGGCAAGACGCGGAGAGCAUAGCCUCCGAGAUAUGUGGAUUCAUCACAGUGCUAACGGGAACGGUUAUACUUCAUGCCACGAGAGAAGAGGAACAAGCUUCUUCAGGUAGAGCGAGAUGGCAGGAAUCAGGGAAGAGCUUUAACGAAGAGCAUCUCGUAAGGUUGUACAGUCCUCCUGAGUGUCAGGAAAGUAAAACCCUCAAUAAGACCGUCUCUUUGUUGAACUGAAACGAGGUUGGUGUCCGAAUCGAAUCAAAUCAAAUGGCAUAGAAUCUUAUCUCUCUAGUGGGGGGAAAAUAUAACUUUUUGUGUAUACUUGAUAGUUCUGUAAUAGUUGUAUUAUUUUUGAGAUUUUUCUCUAUACAAUACAUUGGGUUUUUAGAGAAAAAAAUCUCCUUUCAUAUUCUUUUUUAUAAUUGUGUGAAUGUUAAUUUUUCCUUUUGAUUUUUAUUUAUAUAAUUUUGAA